AUGAAGUUCACCGUCCUCAUCGCGGCCGCUUUGGCCGCUGCUCCUAUCCCAGAGGCUGCCGCCCACCCCGGUAUGGGAGAAACCAUCAAAGAAAUCGAACGAAUUGCUGCUCGAAGCUGGGGAAAUGGCUGGGGCAGCAACAAGUGGCCUUCCAAGAACACUGGAGGAAACACCUGGAGUAGCGGUGGAGGCCAGAGCAGCGGAGGCAACGCAUGGGGUAAUGGAGGAGGUCAGAGUGGCGGAGACCAGGGCAAUGGAGAUGACAGCUGGAGCGACAGUGGAAGCCAGAGCGGAGGCAACAGCUGGAGUAACGGCCAAAGCCAAAACAAUGGAGGAGGCUCUUCCUCCUGGCCCGGUCAGAGCAAUGGUGGCAGCAGCUGGAGCAGCGGCGGAGGCCAAAGCGGAGGCCAGGGUGGCUGGACUGGAGACAGCUUCAAUGCUCACUCCCUUAUCGGAGACCUUAGCACUGUCAGUGACAAGUCUCUCACUUCAGUCGGCCGGGAUAUCAAGAAGAUCCUCCAAGGCAAUGGCAACCCCACAAGUCGCGAGCGUUACUUUGGUUGCCCAUCUAUGAACACUCCCCAGUGCAAGCGCGAUACCUGCUGUGUGUGGCAAUACAUCUCCAACGAGCUUCAAGAACGUUUCCGGGGUGAGGCUGGUCGUUGCACCCGAUGGGCUCGCUAUGCAGUUCGAAUCGGCUUCCACGAUGCUGGUACCUGGUCCUUGAAGACUGCUUCUCAGGGAGGUGGUGCUGAUGGCUCCAUCAUCCUCGCCAAUGAGCUGACCCGCGGCGAGAACAAGGGUCUUGAGCAGAUUGGAGCGUACUACCAAACCAUCUACGACAAGUACCACAACUCAUACGGUUUCACUCAGGUCACCAUGGCCGAUCUCAUCCAGAUGGGCUCCAACAUUGCUGCUGUUACUUGCCCUCUUGGACCCCGAGUGCGCUCUUUUGUUGGUCGCAAGGAUAGCACCAAGGCUAACUUGGGGGGACUCCUACCCAAGGUCACCUCUGAUGCUCUCACUCUCAUCAACUUGUUCAAGGACAAGACCAUUGGCCCGGAUGAUCUCGUCGCUCUCAUUGGUGCGCACACAACUUCUCAACAGCACCACACCAACAUCGACCGUGAUGGUGAUCCCCAGGACAGCACCCCUGGUGUCUGGGAUAUUCUCUUCUACCAGCAGACUCUAGACCAGAACGCCCCCAAGCGUGUCUACAAGUUCCCUAGUGACGAGGUUCUCUCCCAACACCCUCUCACCAAGCCUGCCUUUGAAGCCUUUGCCAGCGGUAGCAGCGGCCAGGCUGCCUGGAACGAGGAUUACGCCCGCGCCUACGUCCGUCUCAGUCUUUUGGGCGUCAACAAUAUCAACAGCCUUACCGAAUGCACAAAGGUUCUUCCUCAACCCGUCGAGUCUUACCGCCACAAGGACAAGGGUAGAUUCAACAAGUGGCUUCAGAGUGACGACAACUCAUACACAUCCAAGACUGUUUCCAAGGAUAUCGACGAUGGUUAUGAAAUCUCUAUUCCUGAGGACAAGAUCCCUUCCAGACGUGGUCCCUGGAAGAAGUGGACCACUCUGUUCAAGUGGUGGUAA